UGUUUAGCGAGUUAUUGUAAUCCAAUUUUAACUGGAUACGGCACGUAUGUACGUAUGAAGUUUUGGGCAGGCGUGCCAGUUCAGUUACAGAUACGAAAAUGUACCGAAUUGACGCAUAAUGGAAAAAUUGUUUAGACGCGGCAUAGUAGGGUGGGGUAAGAUGGGACAUGUUUUCCAUGUUCCACCUUGGCACUAAACAAAGAAUAUUUACAGCAUUAUAUAAAACUGUAGCACCGCGAAUCUAAAAUAGCGUUUCAGUAAUUGUUAAAAACACGAUCAGGAAAUGUUUGUUUUAGGUGCUAACGGUAUCCCAUCUUACCCCACAGUUCUAUACCUUAAGAAUUUAACUGCUAUAUAUUUAAUUCGCAAGUCUUCAGAAUAAGAAAUGCAGUUCGAAAUAUCAUAGUUACAAAAAUUUAUGUUUAUAAAAUGACGUCAUCUGAAUCCGACAUUACGCGCCAUUUACAUGACGCAGGAGUGGCGUCACACACCGUGAUGACGUCACAAACCAGGUUGACGUCAUUGAGUUCAGAACACGAUACAGAAUGCAAUUUAUCGCAAGCGGAUAAAAGAAUGAGAAUAAAAAACACUUACCUUAGACGUCGGUCAGUUUCUGCUGGCGUAAGAUCCAAGUUAAGAGUCUACCAUGACAGGAACACUUCGUUUCAUGCCCGAUCGUUUAAAAGAACAAAGAAAGCGAAAAUCCAAACUUUACAGCAGGCAGAACCGACAGAAAAGCCGAUUGAGAAAUUUCGUCGAAUUCUCAGAAGCAUUCGUAUUAUCGUUGAAGUUUGCCUCGCCCUAAAACGAUGCGUCGAAGACAAAGAGAAAGACGAGAAACUCUCGUUGGUUGAAAUGCAAAUGAAUUUACAAAACGAUUUCAAUGAAAAAUUAAGUUUCAAUCCCCGUUAUUAUUGCGCGUCAUAUAUUGCUAACAAAGGAAGCAGCAAACUAAAGAAACUGCUUGCAAUAUCACCAGAUGCUAGAAGUAAACGCCAUGUUAAAAUGAUCCACAACCUGGUACAAAAUAAAAAUGCAUUUUCCAAACACCCCGUUCAUAUUCAGUUGAAGAUGUGCCAAGUCAUGAUCUACCAAGCUUACGAAGCUCGUCGUGUUAUAAUAAAACAAGGUCACCCUCCGUCCGCCUUUUACAUCAUAUUGUCUGGAACAUGUUUGGUGAACGAGUGUGUUGCUGUUGAAUCUGGCUGUGAAAGUGUUCAGACUAUCAAUGAAAUACAAAGUGGGGACGUUUUCGGGGAGGUGGCGUUGUUAAACCACACGACCCGAACAGCUUCAGUCGUUUGCAAAGACGACGUUGAACUAUUGGUUGUAUCCAAGGAGGACUUUGAUGCAAUCAUUAGAGGUCCAAUAUACAAGCAAAGAGAAGAAGUUAUAAAAUAUUGCCAUUCACUCCAUAUAUUAAGUUAUUGGCCGGUUGAAGAUCUAACAACAGCAUCUUUCGUCAACUUUCAAUAUCAAUAUUUCCGUAAAGGGGCGACGGUUGUUCGAAGUAACUUCGCUUCGAACUUUCUUGUUAUUAUAAAAUCCGGCGAGUGCCGAGUGAUUUGUACGCUUGGUGAUCGAAAUCAAAUCACUGGAAGUCGAAAAACCGUCCGAAGAAGAAGUGUCGACACCGAAAUAAAACUCCCCACUUUAAAUGAAUCAUCGGCGCUUAAAACAAGAAGCAAAUCGCUGGGCUACCAGUUAAUCAACCAUGCCGACAGAAAAUCAAUCAAGAACCAACCUGCCUUUGUUGGUCGCAUGCUUGCGCACCCGACAGGUGGAACGCACACAAACGGCCACAGAGAUAUUAGCAAAGAAAUUCGAGAAAGAAAACGACAAAUUAUAAUGGAAACCUUAAAAAUGAUGGGCAACAAUAAACGUGGUUUCCAACAUGACCGUUUAUUGGAUAUGGGAGAUAUACCUGAGACCACACGACCUAUUCGAACACCUCGAACAAUCAGAGCAUCAAUAGUGGAAGACACGCCUUAUGCCGUCACAAACCAUAUCCCAUCACGUGACCGUUGGAAGCGAGCUACUAAACUUGCGCUGAUGAAGAAGGUUACGUCAUCAAAUGGACAUUUUGCACAAAUAGCAACUUUAACUCCAGGAUGUGUGUUUGGUUUGGAAGAAAUGAUGCAACGAACCGAACUCCAGUUGACAUUGAUAAGCAAUGGGGCAGAAUGCAUCUUCAUAUCCAAGAAAAUGUUCCUGAAGCGAGCUACACCCCGUAGUUUAAGGAUGAUUGGAGCUUUAGUCGGAAGGUAUCCGACAGAAGCUUAUAUAAGGGAACAACUCAGAGAACUAAACCAGUGGAAAAGUUUUAAAAAAGACGUUGUUAAGCAUGUAUUGGAAAAGAAAGAUAAAACCAGUAGUUCUGUAGUAAUGUAACUGUUUUGUAAUUUGUUUUAUCCGCAUAUAACGGGGCAAUUACAGUGGUCAUAACACGGGUGUUUUAUUGUUUCAUUAUAUACCUCGUGUCCGCUCAAAUAUUUUUUUUUUACAAAUAGUUGGACUCGAUUUUUGCUAUUGUUUUUGAAGAGAUAGAUAAUUAGUUAUGUCAUAAUAGGCUGAGGUAAGAUGGAGCGUUUUAUUUUUUUCGUCGGUAAUUAUUUAAAGCGGUAUCCCAUUUUACCCUGCAGUGCUAUAUGUUGUUAUAAUAAUCAAAUUAUUUUGGUUUGGAAAUAAUAACAUUUCCACGCCUUCGUAUAUACUAUAUGUGGUAUAGCAUCGUAGGCGUUUGUUACGUCACACGUGAAUAUAUUGUGUCGUCAUUAUAAUAAACAUAACUUAUACAUCG